AAAUGCCUUAAAACAAAAUAGAAGAAGAAGAAGCAGAACGUGAACGGCUAGUGCUUUGGUUUGUUUACGUCGUGAAUAUAAAAUGUCACAAUUACAGUUCUUGAAUGUGUUUAUCACCGAACGAUUAACAGCGGUAGCUAUGGAGAUAUCCGUUGUACUUGAACAAAAUAUAGGCGAGUACCUGGAAGAAAUCUCCCGUUCAAACGAGGAGAACAAACGUCUACAGAGCCUGUUGGAUUUGGUUUUCAACUCCGACAUCAAGUUACACCGCGAAGACUCCCAGCAGCUCUCUCUUCCUGUCUCUGAAGAGGAGGUUCCACAUGAGCAGCAGCACUGUGAGCAGGAGAGGAGCCCCAGUCAGGGGCAGGAGGACCCAGAGCCCACACAGAUUAAAGAGGAACAGGAGGAAGUCAGGACCAGUCAAGAGGAGGACCAGCCUCAAGGGCUGGAACCUGAUACCAAAGACGUCUUAAUCCCUGCCUGUAUGAAAAGUGACUAUGAACAGGACCCACCUCUGCCCUCACAUCUUGACCAAACCUUGGAGAACAGAGCGAGGGACUCUCUACCCACCAACACAACUGAACAGAACAAAACAGAACCUGAUGGAGAGGAUUACAGCAUAUCAGAACCAACCAGGGACUAUCAGCUCCUCUCUGAAGCCCAGGCAGAAAACAUAGACGAACGUGUUGAUGGGAUGGAGAGACCCAUUCCCCCUCCCUUGUCUCCAGACUCCCAGCAGCCCUCUCUCCCUGUCUCUAAAGAGGAGGUUCCCCCAGAGCAGCAGGAGAGAAGCCCCAGGCUGGGUCUGGAGGAACCAGAGCCCACAAAACAAGAGGAACUCUGGAUGAAUAAGGAGGAACAGCAGCUGGAAUCUGACAGCAGAGUAUCAGAACCAACCAGGGACUCUCAGCUCCUCUCUGCAGUAAAUCCAGACUGUUCUGCAGCUCAGAGUGAAAACAGAGUAUCAGAACCAACCAGUGACUCUCAGCUCCUCUCUGCAGUAAAUCCAGACUGUUCUGCAGCUCAGAGUGAAAACAGAGUAUCAGAACCAACCAGUGACUCUCAGCUCCUCUCUGCAGUAAAUCCAGACUGUUCUGCAGCUCAGAGUGAAAACAGAGUAUCAGAACCAACCAGUGACUCUCAGCUCCUCUCUGCAGUAAAUCCAGACUGUUCUGCAGCUCAGAGUGAAAACAGAGUAUCAGAACCAACCAGUGACUCUCAGCUCCUCUCUGCAGUAAAUCCAGACUGUUCUGCAGCUCAGAGUGAAAACAGAGUAUCAGAACCAACCAGUGACUCUCAGCUCCUCUCUGCAGUAAAUCCAGACUGUUCUGCAGCUCAGAGUGAAAACAGAGUAUCAGAACCAACCAGUGACUCUCAGCUCCUCUCUGCAGUAAAUCCAGACUGUUCUGCAGCUCAGAGUGAAAACGGUAAAGUUCAUCAGAGUCCCAGCACUUCUUCAGAAAAAGGUUCUAGUAACGUGGAAUCAAAUGAAGCAUCUAGUUUCUCUACCUGCAGUGAGGAAAACAUCUCCGUAACAGACAGCAACUCUUCAGACAGUAGCUCCUGCACUAAAGAAGUCUCUGAGGCACGUAAACCAGCAAAGAGAACAUGCCAUUAUAGUGGUGUGUUGAAUGAACCAUCUGUUUUGUCCAAUUUAUGUGAUGAAAACAACCCUGGGACUGAGAUCAGCCCUUCAGACGGCAACAAAGACAUGAACAUCCAAACACACUCUGGGGCUCAUAAUCCAGCUAAGAGGAUCUGUCGGAGGGUGCAGAGUGCUUCACCAGAGGUUGUGUGCAGUAGGGUGACUACCCCAUCAGCAGCUCCAAGCUCCACACACGUCAUACCAACGUCUGUAACCGACAGUAGAAGGUCUAAGAAACGGUGUUGUCGGUACUGUGGAAAGGCUUAUGUUAAAAUCGCGAGACACCUGCGGAUUGUGCAUCGGGAUGAAGUGGACGAGGCCUUCAGCUUUAGAAAGAAGUCCAGAGAGAGAAAAGUCUUACGUCUUCUGAAUAAAAAGGGAGGCGUUGUGCGUAAUGCUGCCGUAGCAAGACGUGGGAGUGGAGAGAUGGCCUCCUGUUCCCGUCCCAAAGUGCCAGGAUCCACUCGAUGUUACACCCACUGCUUGCACUGUCAAGGUCUGUACAUUCGAAAGUCACUACGGAAGCAUAUCAGAUACUGCCCUCUGAAUCCCAAAGCUGAAGAACCAAAACCUGGACCAAAGAUGAGGAUUCAGUCAGCAAUGGCGUUUAAGAUGUGUCCUCAACCCGACUACGUCAGCACAGGUCUUUGGAAGAUAGUUUGUGGUAUGAACUCCGACCGAGUUUCAUUUGUGGUUAGAAAUGACAAAUGUAUCCUCCUCAUGGGAGAGGAUCUGUACAACCAACUACAGCCAGAUGACAGAAGAAACCGAUACAUUCAACGAAGAAUGAGAGAGGUGGCAAGACUCCUCAUCACGGCCAGGACGUGUACACCUCUGAUGUGCUUUGAGGACUUGGUCAUACCUAGUAAUUUACCUCACGUCAUCACGGCAGUGAGAGCUGUAGCUGGCUACAACGAGGAGAACAAAACGUACGACCGUCCGACCCUGGCUGUUCAAAUGGGAUACAACUUAAUGAACAUUGGCAGCGCUGUGGAAUCCUGUGCACUGACGGCAGGACGACACAAAGUCGCGGAGUCUGCUGGCAAAUUCAAAAGUUUCAAGUGGAAUGAGGUUGUUUUGGCUGGAGCACUGUCCACUCUCAGUGAACCCCAAAAUAAAUGUCCACAGCCGACCCCUGUCACACAGGCGCCUGGCCAGCCGACCUGUUGCUCACGCACCCAGCCGACCCCUGUCACACAGGCGCCUGGCCAGCCGACCUGUUGCUCACGCACCCAGCCGACCACUGUAACACAGGCGCCUGGCCAGCCGACCUGUUGCACACGCACCCAGCCGACCCCUGUCACACAGGCGCCUGGCCAGCCGACCUGUUGCACACGCACCCAGCCGACCACUGUAACACAGGCGCCUGGCCAGCCGACCCGUUGCACACGCACCCAGCCGACCCCUGUAACACAGGCGCCUGGCCAGCCGACCCGUUGCACACGCACCCAGCCGACCCCUGUCACACAGGCGCCUGGCCAGCCGACCCGUUGCACACGCACCCAGCCGACCCCUGUCACACAGGCGCCUGGCCAGCCGACCCGUUGCACACGCACCCAGCCGACCCGUCGCACAGGCACCCAGCCGACCCGUCGCACAGGCACCGAGCCGACCCGUCGCACAGGCACCGAGCCGACCCGUCGCACAGGCACCCAGCCGACCCGUCGCACAGGCACCCAGCCGACCCGUCGCACACGCACCCAGCCGACCCGUCGCACACGCACCCAGCCGACCCGUAGCACAGGCACCCAGCCGACCCGUAGCACAGGCACCCAGCCGAACCGUCGCGCAGGCACCCAGCCGACCCGUCGCACAGGCACCGAGCCGACCCGUCGCACAGGCACCGAGCCGACCCGUCGAACAGGCACCCAGCCGACCCGUAGCACAGGCACCCAGCCGACCCGUAGCACAGGCACCCAGCCGACCCGUAGCACAGGCACCCAGCCGACCCGUCGCACAGGCACCCAGCCGACCCGUCGCACAGUCACCCAGCCGACCCGUCGCACAGGCACCCGGCCGACCCGUAGCACAGGCACCCAGCCAACCCGUCGCACAGGCACCCAGCCGACCCGUCGCACAGGCACCCAACCGACCCGUCGCACAGGCACCCAGCCGACCCGUCGCACAGGUGCCCAGCCAAGCCAAAGAAACACUGUGAGAUUAAAGUGGAUUGUUGAUGAGGGAGCAGCAGUAGGGAAACACAUGAUGCCGUUCAUAACGAGUGGCCAAGUUCCUGAAAAGAGGGACUGCCUCAAAUGCCUUGAGUCAGAACCUGUGGCGCUCAAAAGCAGAAACUGGUCGGGCAUUAAGUUCUAUGUAAAUAGAGUCAAACAGAGACAGAGUGCUGCAGGGAAUUCAGAGGGCAGCACCCCUGACCUGGACUCAAACUCAGGUCCAGAGACGGGCAACCCAACACCUUAGCCAAACAAAAUGUUAUUGUUCUUUGACUCAAUAAUUGGUGCAUUCUGGGUGUGCUAUAAAGUUCGGAAGUUAUGGGCAGAGUUAGAAAUCUGACUGGCAACCCAACACCUUAGCCAAACAAAAUGUUAUUGCUCUUUGACUCAAUAAUUGGUGCAUUCUGGGUGUGCUAUAAAGUUCAGAAGUUAUGGGCAGAGUUAGAAAUCUGACUGGCAACCCAACACCUUAGCCAAACAAAAUGUUAUUGUUCUUUGACUCAAUAAUUGGUGCAUUCUGGGUGUGCUAUAAAGUUCAGAAGUUAUGGGCAGAGUUAGAAAUCUGACUGGCAACCCAACACAUUAGCCAAACAAAAUGUUAUUGUUCUUUGACUCAAUAAUUGGUGCAUUCUGGGUGUGCUAUAAAGUUCAGAAGUUAUGGGCAGAGUUAGAAAUCUGUCUGGCAGAGGUUUACAAUGUAAGUUUACCUUUGAAUCCGUCUAUAUGCAUAUUUUAAGACAUGGCAUGUGGGGGUGCCGUUAGAUAACCAAUGGGUUGGACAAUAUUAUUUUACUUAAAUACUGGAAGUCAAAUUAUACUCCAACAUUAAGAGAAUGGAAGAAUCAAACAUGUUUAUUAUUUAAAAAUAUUGAAUACGAUCUUUCUACAGACAGAAACAACACGACGAUUUGAAUUCGUGGGAAAAUGGCCCCCUUUUUUAAACUUGUUUUUCAACCCCUGAGGAACACAGUUAUUGAAGCGUCCCUGGAGCAGUUCAGUUGUUCCGUGCCUUGCUCAAGGGCACAACAGCAGGAGGCGGCGUCUAGGAUACACAGAAGCCUACCAGAAUUGUUCCGUUCAGACUUGGGAUUCAAACCAGUGACUUUCCAGUUGCAGGUCUGCCUCUCAGGACAUGAUCAAUUAAAUGUUACCUGGCUAAAUCCAUUUACUACAACUACUACAUUACAAACUGUUUUCCUUAGCUCGCUGAAUAACCUAGUGUUGGACUACGGUUAGCAAAAAUCACAGGUUUUCCAGAAAUCCUGGUUGAAAUGUUCACAGAAUCAGAAGGGAAAACACACUGCUACACACAAAACAAGGGCUUCGUUCAAACAUGUACAUUCAAGACAGUUUAUCAAGACAUGAUCAGUGUCGUUAUUAGAACACACAAAUACAGUCUCAGAUGUCUCCUAAAACAUCUAGUUUAUGUAUGAAACCACUGUCGUAUAAUGAUCUGUCAUGUCUUAACUCAACUCUGUUACAUUAUUAGAGACCGAGUAUUCGCACCCCUUGACUUUUUCCCACGUUUUGAAUUGAGAUUUUUGUCACUGACCUACACACAAUAUCUCAGAGUGGAAACAGUUUUUUAUUUUACAAAUUCGAUGACAUAUUUCUGUAUUUCAUUUUCAAUAAAUGUGCAAAUAUUUCUAAGAACA